AUGGCCCCCCGGAGCCGCGGGCGGAUGGAGCCGAGCUACGUCGUGGGCAUCUGCUGCCUGGUGCUGCUGGAGCCGGGCCGGGUGUGGAGCGGCGAGCACAGCACUGGGGGGCCCGGCGAGAGCGGGAACGGCAGCCAGGCACCGGCGGCGGAGACCACGGCCCCCGCGCCCACCGGGGCGGCACCACCGGCGGGGGACCGCUGCCGCGGUUACUACGACGUGAUGGGGCAGUGGGACCCGCCAUUCAACUGCAACGCCGGCAUCUACCAGUACUGCUGUGGGACCUGCGGGUACCGCUUCUGCUGCCAGUUCAAGCCCGGGCGGCUGGACCAGAGCGGCUGCUCCAACUACGACACCCCCAAUUGGGUCAACACAGGCCAGCCGCCCGCCCGGGUGGACGAGACCCCCGAGGACCCCACUCGCGACAAGACCAACAUGAUCGUCUACAUCAUCUGCGGCGUGGUGGCCAUCAUGGUGCUGGUGGGCAUCUUCACCAAGCUGGGCCUGGAGAAGGCACAGGGUCCCCAGACGGAGAUGACCGUCUCCAGGACACUGACGGACCUGCUGAAACAGCCAGGCCACAGCCCCUCCGAGCACGUGGAUGGCCUCAUGGGGGGUGUGCAGGUCCCUCUGGGUGAGGGCCUGGCCCGGGGGCCCCCCAGGAAUGGCACAGACAAGCCGCCCUUGAACAACGCGGUGGCCAUUGCCCCCCCGCUGGGGCGGCCCCACAGCCACGGCAAGCGCCUGCCGCUGGCCAGCAGCCUGGCCCUGCCACCCCCCGCCUAUGCUGCCUACGCCACCCUCAAGGCUGGAGAGAGCGCCCCUGAGGACUUCUACAGGCGGUUCGGGGGGCCAGAGGCGCACCCCGCCAGCGCCCUGCCCUUCCCGCCCACUGAGGCCCCGGCACUGCCCGAGGGCUGCCCCACAGCCAAGGCCAAGGGCCCCAAGCUGCCGGGGGGCCCAUCCUUCCCGGGGGGCUGGGAGGGAGGCCCCCCCCGCGGCCCCCGCCGGCCUGGCCUGGCCACCCUGCGACCCGAGGGGCCGCCCGAGGCCUUCGGCCCUGCCACCCCGCUGUACGGCCAGCCCCCCUGGCACCUCACCACCAACAGCAAGACUGAGGUCACCGUCUGA